AUGAACUUUGAUAGUAAUGGAGAUAUAUUACAUAUAUCUAUAAUUGAUUAAAUUAAAAAAAUAUGUGUAAAAUAAAUAUAAGAUAUUAAAUAAAAUGAAGAUAUUCUUCCUAAACAUGAAGAUAUAUGGAAAAUAAUUUCUUAAGAUCUAAUAGAUUAAAAUAAAAGCAAAGAAAAAUUUAAUUCAAAUUUUCAAAGAAAAAUCGAUUAAAUAGAAAAUGAAAAUAAUAUAUUCGAAAAAUAAAAAACUCUUAUAAAUUCACAAAAAGAAAUUAUAAUAGUAGCUUCAUUACUAGAGAAAGUUCCAAAUAUUGCACAUUUGACGCGUACAGGUGAAGUUUUUGGUAUAUCUUAGUUAAUAAUUCCAAACAAAUAAAUAAUAUAAACCGAAGAAUUUAAAAAUGUUUCGGUAACAGCUGAAAAAUGGCUUCCUUUAAUGGAAAUAAAAGAAGAAGAUUUACUAAAAUUCCUUUAUUUUAAAAAGCAUUAAGGUUUUAUGCUUAUUGGUCUAGAAUAAACUUCUUAAAGUUAAUUUAUUUAAAAUUUCUAAUUUCCGAAUAAAUGCAUAUUAUUACUCGGAAAAGAAAAAACGGGAAUUCCACCUGAAUACAUAGAAAUCCUAGAUAUGUGUAUUGAAAUCCCUUAAUUUGGAUAAAUUAGGUCUUUAAAUGUACAUAUUAGUGCUGUUAUAUGUAUAUGGGAAUUCCCUUUGAAAUUCGAAAUAAAGAAAAAAAUGAUUAGCCGAUCCGAAAGGGUAAAAUGUAUAGAAUUACAUACAGAACUCCCUUGGGUAAUGGUAUCUUUAUAUUCCGGAAACAUAACCAUAUAUGAUUAUUCAACCUAAACAAUAGCAAAAACAUUUGAGAAUUCCCCAAAUCCAGUUCGAGCCUCUAAAUUUGUUACUCGUAAAUAAUGGAUAGUAGCAGGUUCAGAUGAUUUAUAAAUAAGAGUAUAUAAUUAUAAUACAAUGGAAAAAAUUAAAUAAUGGGAAGCACAUUCAGACUAUAUUAGAUAUAUAUUAAUUCAUCCUUCAGAGCCUUAUAUUUUAAGUAGUUCAGAUGACGCAAACAUUAAAAUGUGGGAUUUCGAAAAGAAUUUUACACUAGUAAGAUCUUUUGAAGGACAUAUACAUUAUGUAAUGAUGCUUAUUUUUAAUCCAAGAGAUUCCAAUAUAUUUGCAUCAGCAUCUAUAGAUAAAACAAUAAAAAUAUGGAAUAUUAGUAAUAAUAAACCGAAUUUUUCGCUUGUUGGACAUGAGUAAGGAGUAAAUUGUUUAGAUUAUCAUAGAGGAGAACAUAAUUAUUUGAUUUCUGGAGGAGAUGAUAGACUUGUAAAAAUAUGGGAUUGUUCAACAAAAUAAUGUAUUCAUACUUUAGAAGGUCAUACAUAAAAUGUUACUUGUGUACUUUUCCAUCCAGAAUUGCCGAUAAUAAUAACUGGAGGGGAAGAUGGUUUUGCGAAAAUAUGGCAUUCUUAAACUUUUAAAUUGGAAACUUCUUUAAAUUAUAACUUAGAUAGAGUUUGGUCUUUAGAUGUUUGCAAAGAUUCAUCAAAUGUAAUUGCAAUUGGAUGUGAUGAAGGUUCUGUAAUAGUAAAAAUAGGUUCAGAUGAACCUGUAGUUUCUUUAAAGUUAUUAAUAUUUUUUAUUUCAUAUAGAAAAAAAAAAAUAUAAAAAAGUAAUGGAAAAAUUAUAUAUGCAAAAAAUUUAGAAGUGUUUACAUCAAAUUUAAAAGCAAUAAAUACUACUGAGGAUAAUAUUAAAGAAGGUGAAAAUAUUCCAGGAAUAAAUGUUAAAGAUUUAGGAGCUGCUGAUUUUUAUCCAACUGGUUUAAGACAUGCUCCAAACGGACACUCCUUUGCACUUUUUAAUGAUUCUGAAUAUUGUAUUUAUCGUUCAACUAAUUUUAAAAGCAUUAUUCAUGGAUAAGGAACUGAUCUUGCUUGGGCAAAUAAUGGAGAUUAUGCAGUUAAAGAUAAUUUUAUAAUAAGAAUUUAUAAAGGAAAUAAUGAAUUAUAAUAUGAAUUAAAAACUGAUUAUAUGGUCGAAAAUAUAUUUGGAGGAACUCUAUUAUGUGCUAAAAGUAACGAAUUCUUAAUUUUUUAUGAUUGGGAAACUGGAAAAAUAAUAAGAAGAUUAGACUCUUCAGUGAAUAAGAUAUAUUGGAAUAUAACAAAUAACUUAAUUUCAAUAGCAACAUCUGAAGCCUUUUACGUUCUCGAAUAUAAGUAAGAACUCGUAAAAGAACUUAUGGAAAGAGAAGGGGAAAACGCCGAAGGAUACGAAGAAGCAUUUGAACUUCAAUAUGAAAUAAACGAAAACAUAAACUCAGGAUUAUGGGUAGAAUAAAUGUUCUUUUUUACAAAUUAAACCGGCAAAAUUAGUUACUCAUUAAUGGGAAGAGUGUUCACAUUUGCAUAUACUGAAAAGAAAAAGAUUAUUUUAGGAUAUGUAAAUUUCUAAAACCGUAUUUAUUUUUUCGAUAAAUUUUUCAAUGUUUCUUCUUUCGAAAUACCAAUAUAAGUCGCAUAAUUCUAAUGUUUAAUCGCAAAAGAAGAAAUUGAACGAGCAUAAAAUCUACUUGAAAAUAUCGAAAAGAAAUACUAUGAUAAACUAGCAAAAUUCUUAGAUACAAUAGAUAAAAAAGAACUUGCUUUUUAAAUAGCUAUAGAUAUUGACCAUAAAUUUGAUUUGGCUUUAUAAUUAGGAAAUAUAAAUGAAGCUAACAAUAUAGCAUAAUAAACUAAAAAUAUUAAUUAAUAAAAAUAAGUCGGUGAUCUAGCACUAUAAAAAGGAAAUAUAAAUCUAGCAAUAGAAUGUUUUAAAAAUUCAGAUGAUUUAGGAAGUCUACUUUUAAUUUACUCAUCUUUAGGUUUAAAAGAAGAACUUAUAGAAAUAGCCUAAAAGGCAGUUGAAUAAACUAAAAUGAAUAUUGCUUUCUAAAUAUAUUUCUAUAUUUCUGAUUUAGAUAAUUGUAUAGACAUUCUAAUAAAAACAAAUAGAUAUAGUGAAGCCGCUUUAUUCGCGAAAACAUAUUGCCCUUCAAAAAUUAGUUAAAUUGUUUUAUAAUGGAAAGAAGAUUUACAAAAAAACCAUCAUUUGGUUAUUGCUUAAAAAAUAGCAGAUCCAAUGGACUUUUUAGAUGAUGAAUCAUUUUCAGAUUUAAAAAUUUUACUUUAAUUGGAAGAAUUUUAUAUAACAUAAAGGUAAAAUAAUUCUGAUUUACCUAGUUAUGUUUAUGAAGAUUAUGAAAAAUUGCUUAAUGCCGAUUUAUUUAUGGCGCUUAAAAAAGACCCUUCUAGAAAUCUUAGUUGUGUUUCUUUAAAACCUAAAGAUAUUCCAAAUGAAAAUCCUUUAUAUUUAUAACAAUAAUGA